AUUUGUAACUCGAUGAUUUGAAAUGUUCGUUACAUCUCGUGACUGGUUACUUGAAAAAUACUUACACAAAAUAUCCAUUUUGUGUGUACCUCUCCCUGGAACCAUGAACUAGUAUUCAUGAACGGCAAAAAUAAUAGUAAUCGGCUAUUUAUUUAUUUAAAAGAGAAAUGGACCAAAGCGUUAUAGAAAUUAACGAUUCAAUCAUAACAAUUGACAGCGAUGCUGAUGUGGAAGAUGGCGAAGUGCUGGAAAUCUCUACAGAAAAGACAAACAGUGCCGCCAAUUUGCAGCAACCCCCAAUUGAAGAGCCAAACGAAACGACGAAUCACAAGCAGAACUCAAAUGCAACUGAAGCGGACCUAGUGUUCGAAGUAAGAUUUCAAAAUGUGGAAAACUACGAUAAGUUGCAAGAGCGUCUGCUCCAAGCUCUGGAGUCGACUUUUGCCAAGGAGAAAUUCGUGUACAAAACGACGGAACACAAAAUUAACGUGCAUGCCCGAUCGGAAUCUCCAGCACUGGAUACUGAUCUCUUCAUGAUAGAUACGUCGCCGACGUCGAAGCUCAAUGCUGCCCAAGUGCCUUCAUACAAGCGCUGCAGCGCUGAGGUACUCGAUGAGGAGACGUCUGCACGUAAAAAACAGAAACUGGAUGCAGUUAACAAAUGUUUCCGGCCUAAGUCACAAUCCGCUUGCUUCAAUUGUGGUGACACAGAUCAUUCGCUGCGUGAGUGCACACGGCCGCGCAAUCAGGCGCGUAUACAGCGUGCACGCAAGAAGAAAGUGGAGCGGUAUCACGUGGAUACGGAACAACGCUUCGCGCACAUUCGACCUGGCAGGAUUAGCAGUAAGACGCGCCAUGCCAUGGGCUUUGGCCGAGGAGAGUUACCAUUCAUGUUCUAUCGCAUGCGUGUGCUGGGCUACCCUCCUGCUUGGCUGGAGGAGGCGAAGGUUCAAAGCUCUGGUAUAACGCUCUUCAAUUCGGAUGGCAGCGAGGUGCAGGCACCUGAGCAGGAGGAUGGCGAAUCGGAAAGCUUUAAAUAUGACGUUAAUAAAAUAGUUGAAUUUCCUGGUUUCAAUGUAGAUCCAGGUGGCAAGUUCUAUGAUGAUUUCCAGCACCACAACGUACCACGCUUGCAGCAGCAUCAGCUGAAGGAAAACUUUAUCAAGUCGCUGGGCGAAAAUGUGACGAAAGGCUAUAAACGCAAGAAAUUGAUAGAUUUGCCAGCGCCACAUGAUGCUAGUCCUGAAGCACAUGAGAAUGAUACAAAUCUUGUCGAACACGAUAUGGAUAUAGAUGAUGACGACGAUGAGGUGCAGCAGUUGAAAGAGCAGCCAGCUUCGCCCUCUGCAGACACCAGCCAAACUGUGUCGGCGGUUAAGGAUGAGCCAAGCAAACGUAGUGUGUCGCCCACGUUGGACGACUUGCAAGCCCAGCAGGCCGUGCUAUUGCAGCAGUUGGAAACGAAUACCUCACUCAAUACGAAUAAGUCGGAGACAAAGGUGCCUCAAGAAGUUGAAGACAAAGGCUCCGAGGACACCCAUACCAAGACCGCUCCUAGUCAAAUCCAGAUCUUCAAAGCGCCAUCCAUAGCCGGCACGCCCAUAUUAAAGUUUUCCAUAUACGACAAACUACCCGUGGGCGAUAACUUUAAGGUGGGCGUCAGCGAUGUUAUUAACUUCGAGAAUCUGCCCGAUUCGACGGGCAAAUAUGAGCAAAUGAAAGAUGUGCUCAAGAAUGUGCGGCGCAAAAUGGAGGAGCUGCAAAAUGAUGAGGAUUAAGCAAUAAACAAGCAUUUUAUACUUAUAGAUACAAAUUGUCAGACGUGGCUUUUAAAUAGAAUAAGUACUAACCAUAUAAAAAUAAUAUCUUUCAACUGUUUUUGCACAAUUAUUUUUAGGUGCUGACCAAAUUUAUUUACCACUUAUAAAUUGCACUGAAAAUUCAAGAUAUAUUUAUAUGGUCGACUAUGGCGAUAGACGGUUGUAGAAAGAAAGAGAUUAAACUAGUUUAAUGACACACACAAAGACGGACAUAACAUACAUAUGGAACAUA